ACCGCCAUUAAAUACUCCUCUGUUUCUUCCACACCAUUUGUUUCUUCAUUCAUUAAUUUCUCUCAGAAAUCACAAUCCCAGACAGAUAUGGUGGCCUCCUCACUCCCAUUCCACGCUCUCCCUCUUCAGAAGUCCUCUUUCUCUUCCUCCAAACGCCGUUUCAAUCCCCAAAUCGUUUGCGUCUCUGUUUCCGACAUCCCGCCGGCGGUUUCUGCCCCGCCGCCCCAGCAGCUGCAGCUGCCUCCCUCUCCCAAGCUCCCGCUUCGGAAAAUCCCAGGAGGUUAUGGGCUCCCUCUCGUCGGCCCGUUGAAGGACAGGCUGGACUACUUCUAUAACCAGGGCCGGGAGGAGUUUUUCCGGCAGAGGAUUCAGAAGUACCAGUCCACGGUCUUCCGGGUCAACAUGCCGCCCGGCCCGUUCAUCUCCGAUGACCCGAAAGUUGUCUGCUUGCUUGACGGCAAGAGCUUUCCCACGCUCUUUGACGUCUCUGUCGUCGAGAAGAGGGACGUCUUCACCGGAACUUACAUGCCGUCGACUGAACUCACCGGCGGGUACCGGAUUUUGUCAUACAUUGACCCGUCGGAACCCAACCAUGCCAAAUUGAAGAACCUCAUGUUCUUUCUCCUCUCCCACCGCCGAGACAAACUCAUGCCGGAGUUCCACGACUGUUACUCCGAGAUGUUUGACGCUCUCGAGAAAGAAGUGGCCCAAAAGGGGAAAGUCGGAUUGAACGCCGCUAAUGAUCAGGCGGCUUUCAAUUUCUUGGCUAGGGCACUCUACGGCGCCGAUCCGGCGGCGACGAAGCUCGGACUGGAGGCGCCGAAGCAAAUCGGAAAAUGGGUUCUGUUCAAUCUCCACCCCGUCCUCAGCCUCGGACUCCCGAAGCAGAUUGAAGAUCCCCUGAUCCACACUUUCCGGCUUCCGCCGGCUCUAGUCAAGAAAGACUACCAGCGGCUCUACGAAUUCUUCUACGAGAACUCCGCCGCCGUCCUAGACCACGGCGAGAAGCUCGGCGUCUCCCGGGAGGAGGCCUGCCACAACCUCGUCUUCGCCACGUGCUUCAACUCCUUCGGCGGGAUGAAGAUCUUCUUCCCCAACAUGAUCAAGUGGAUCGGACGCGCCGGCGUGAAGCUCCACGCGCAACUCGCCAAAGAGAUACGCUCCGUCGUCAAAUCGACCGGAGGAAAAGUGACGAUGGCGGGGAUGGAGCGGAUGGAGCUGAUGAAAUCCGUCGUCUACGAGUGCUUCCGGAUCGAGCCGCCGGUUCCGACCCAAUACGGGCGAGCCAAACGCGACAUAGUGAUCGAAUCCCACGACGCCCGGUUCGAGGUGAAAGCCGGCGAGAUGCUAUUCGGGUUCCAGCCGUUCGCGACCAAAGACCCGAAGAUAUUCGACCGGGCCCAGGAGUUUGUGCCGGACCGAUUUGUGGGCGAGCGGGGGAAGGAGCUGCUGAAGCACGUGCUGUGGUCAAACGGCCGGGAGACGGAGAGUCCGACGGUCAACGACAAGCAGUGCGCCGGAAAGGAUUUCGUGAUGCUGGUGUCGCGGCUGAUGGUGGUGGAGCUCUUCCUCCGUUACGACUCCUUCGACAUUGAAGCCGCCAUGUCGCCGCUAGGGGCGGCUGUCACCUUGACUUCGUUAAAAAGGGCCAGCUUUUGAUUUCUCCAUUUUUUUUCGUUGUCACAAAAAGUUCUUUCUCGUCUUAUUUUUAUUAUUAUUAAUAUUAUGUCUCUCUUUCAAAUUGUUUUUUAUUUAUAUAGGAAGUAUUAAUGUUGUCACUAUAUCUCAGUCUCAUUUCAAGCCUAAUGUCUGAUUAAUGUUAUCUGCUAAAAUAUGAUUAAAUGGCAUAAUUUUUG